CAGCGUGAGAGGAAGAGGAGGAGCAACUCGGACCACCUGUUGGUUCAACAUGGCGUCUGGAAGUUUCUGUUCAUGUCCAAUAAAUUAAGAAGGAGGUGAGGCGCAGCAGGAGACGCAGAAACUCUCCAGCCUGGAGCCAGUCGAGCCCGUCCACAGCUGAGGAGGAGGAGAAGGAGACGAGGAGAGAGGAGGAAGUUCCAGAAGAAGGAGAAGACCCGAACGAGGAGUCGAACGCUCGACUUUUAAAGAGUGCCAAAAAGGAGGAAACGAGGAGCAGAGGAAUUAAAGGAGACAAACAUCCAGGAAGGUGGAGCAGCAGGAGGAGCAGAGGACAAAGAGAGGAGGAGCUGUGGUGCCGUGAUGGAGGAGGACAUCAGGAAGAAAGGGAUGCUCUUCCUCCAGCAGCAGCGUUUUGGAAAGAAGUGGAAGCGGGUUUGGUGUCAUCUGUACCGGGACAGCUCCUGCUCCAUCUCCAGGAUGGAGUUCUUCGAGUGCAAAGACGGCGCCAGCGUGGAGAAGAACGACAAAACUCUGCGCAAACAGCAGGAGCACAAGAAGGUGAUCCGUAUGUCCGACUGCAUCCGGGUGACGGAGGUGGAGAUGGACGGGUGUCCCCGGGACACGGGGUCCUUCCUGGUGGAGACCACCGAGAAGAUCUACGUGUUCGCCGCCGACAGGAGCCAGCUGGACGACUGGACGCACAAACUGUGUGAGAUCGCCUUCCCUAUGAGCUGGACAGAACCUGGAGGGAAGCGAGGCAGCCUGCAGAGAGGGAGCAGGGUGGACGAAGACCAGGGGAUGGAGGACAACUCGCUGUACAGCGGCCGAGAGACAGUGCGUGACUUCAGAGUGUGUGUUCGGAGGACAGAUGCGUCCGAUCGCUGCAGACUGAAGGGGGACGGGGUCCUGCGAGCCGACAUGGAGUCUCUGCACCUGCUGGACAAGAACGGGGACAUCCUGUACACCUGGCCGUACAGGUACCUGCGGCGCUUCGGCCGGGACAAGUCCACCUUCUCCUUUGAGGCGGGCCGCAGGUGUGACUCAGGUGAGGGGAACUUUGAGUUCGACACCAAACAGGGGAACGCCCUCUUCCAGUCGGUGGAGGCCGCCAUCAACCUGCAGAAGAUCUCCCUCCCUCACAGACAGAUCUCUGGAGGGGGUCCGGGUCUCUCAGACACGGCCCAGAACCAUUCGGUCCCCAGCUGGACGCCUCAGCCUCAGACCCGCGGACCCCCCGCUGCGAAAGCUGAUGAGGUGUACAGCAUGGUGACGGCUCCUCAGAACCUGCAGACGUUUCACAACAAAGAUGAGAAUCCUUCUCAGCAGCAGCGCCCCCCGAUGUCUCGUCUCGAGCCUCCGGUCGAUAAAAUCCUGACCGGAGUGAAGAGUUUGACUCUGGACACUCGAGGACUUCCCGUCCCUCGAAAGAGCCAGGUCAAGAUGAUCUCCAGCUGUCCUCUGCCCAACGCCAGCCCAGAGUCUGGCUCCAACCUGUCCCCGGGCCCCGGCUCAAACGCCACGCCCAACCCUCGCCUCAGCCCCAAACUGAGCUCCAACCCGGACCCGGGGGAGGCGUACUCCGAGAUCAACGUGCCUGUAGCCGCUGGGCGCAGCGCCAAGAAGGAGAAGAGGGGCAUCAGUAAUCCUGGUCCCUGUACCCCACCUCUGAUCAACAAGGUCCAGGAGUACUCCCUCCCCUUCGACAUGCUGGCCUCCAAUGUGAUGAGCGACAUCCUGAACCUCCGACAGCCGGACGGGUCCGGACCGGAUCCGCUGUACGACAGCAUCGACGAGAUGAUGAUCCGCAACAUCUUCAGAAACGACGACAACGUCCAGCGAAAGGUGGACCACAUCUACGAUGAACCUGAAGGCUGCGCCGCCGCGGGGCAGGAGGCCACGCCCACCGUGGUGUACGACGACCCCGAGGAGAUGAGAGGAAACGCCUGGAGGAUUAUGGGUACCCCAUCAGACCCUAAAGGUCACGAGUACCCCUAUAAUCCCAGAGUGGACGACUAUGCUGUACCCAAACGACCCAAGAGAGCAUUCAUUGCCAAGCAAAACACCACAGAAGAAGAACCGGAGCAGACACAGGAAGAGGAGGAGUCAGAGGAGGAAGUGGAAGAGGAAGAGGAGGAAGAGGACGAAGAACAAGAUUCACCGUACAAAAAUGUGACGAUGAAGAUGGUGUGAAGUUCAACAAGUAAACCA